AUGGAUUCAAACAAGAUACACGUGCAAGCAGUGCAACUACUUCAACUUGGAGUUGAUAAUCAAACUCAUGCCAUCACUAAAGGACGAUUUCAACUCUUGCAAAAUUACUGGAAUAAAUGCCAGGAGAAUGCCGCUAUCAUUGAGGCAGUAGCAACCGACGCAGACGCGGCACAGCUUCCCUUCUUCAAGAGCAAGCUGCUAGACAAGGCGGAGGUCUCGUACAUGCAAGCCUACGACUUCUUUCAAGAAAAACUCGAGGCAUUCAACGUCGCUUCAAUUUCCAUUCCUGUACCAACGGCGGCCGCAACGACGUCCAUCAACGAGAUCCGAUUGCCGAAGAUCAACUUGCCUUCUUUCUCCGGGCAAUACGUCGACUUUCUUAACGAGUACGAAGAGCUCGGGCAUAUGCAAAAAAUCGAAAACGUGCAACGCUUCUUUCAACCGACGUUUCUACCUCAUCAUCCAGUUAUUCGCGAGGACAAUACUACAACCAAACUUCGUGUAGUGUUUAAUGCCUCGGCAAAUACCUCGAAUAACACUUCUUUGAAUGACCAUCUUAUGAUUGGUCCAAAGUUGCAAGCCGAUCUUCCGGCGAUUAUUCUUCAAUGGCGUUUGUACAAAUACGUUUUUUCCGCUGAUAUUCAGCAAAUGUUUCGACAAAUACAGAUUCAUUCAGACGAUCGCCAAUAUCAAUUAAUAUUGUGGCGUACGAUUCCGAACGAGCUAGUCCAUACUUAUUCAUUAAAUACCGUUACUUAUGGUACUGCCUGCGCGCCUUAUCUCGCCCAACGCGUGCUCAAACAACUUUCAAUCGACGAGAGUUCGCGUUUUCCACUAGCUCAAGCAAUUUUGCAAAAUGAAAUAUACGUUGACGAUGUCCUAUCCGGAGGCGAUGAUAAACCAUCCACGAUUAAAAAACGCGACCAACUAAUCGGCUGUUUACUAAGCGCAGGCAUUCAUCUCAGAAAAUGGGCCAGCAACGAUUUUGAAAUUCUACAAGAUAUAAAUCCUGCGAAUCACGGUCUAGCAAGUUCCAAGCCUUUCCAAGAAG